UGGGUCAUGUGGUUGCCUUGCCUCGGUCGCCUAUUUCCGCCCUUCUUCCUACCAGCCGCAGCCCACCGCGCGCCCCGGGGCAGGGGCUGGCGCGCCUGGUUUUGGGUGGUGGCUGGCCCAACCGGUUGGCGCCUGGCGUUGUUGUCAGACAGUAUGUGCCCCCUGCCUGCCGGUCGCAUGUUCUUUCAUUUUGCCAGCGAGCCCACCUCCGCCAUGCCGCUUAUUGUUUGGGCCGCCUCGACUUCGGUGUGUCCGUGGGGCCUGCUUGUCGCAUAAGAAAUUUCUGGCGCGCGCCGCAGCGUUCGAGGUCGUUGCGCCGCUCUUCGAGGUGUUUGUGUCGGACGCCCGCCUGAGAAAGUAGUGGAAGCGGGCGUGUGGCGGGCCGGCCUCGACCUUCUGUAUCAUUGAACCCGGCCCCCGUAGUAGGGCUGGAAGCCGUCUCAGAGUUGGAUGGUGUAUGACCUGCAGGUGGCAGCCAUGAUUACCUUUUGGAUGGGCCUAU